AUGUUAAGUCUUUUCAAUAUUUGUUUUAUUUGUUUGAAAAACAACAGAAAAAAGGAAGUUAUAUCUAUAUUAUAUUUAAAUUAUAACAGAAAUAUGUAAUUAUAUCAGUUAGUUCCAUAUUUUUCAUCGUUUAUAUCUAUAUUUUUAAAUAGAAAUCGGACUUUAAUCAACCCCUAUAUUUCGGCGAAAUACUAAAUGUAAAAAAUUGACGUGCUUGACAUGCAAUUUUUUUCUUCAGUAUGAAAAAUUGAUAAUUUUGUAUAUUAUAUCGUUGUAUGUUCGUGCUCAAUAAAUUAAUCGACAAUGAAUAAGAUGCCAAGAUACCCUUCAGAUUGUAAAGUCUAUGUAGGAAACUUAGGAAAUGGUGCAACAAGACGAGAAUUGGAAGAUGCUUUCUCUUAUUAUGGAUCUUUAAGGAAUGUAUGGGUAGCUAGAAACCCACCUGGAUUUGCUUUUGUGGAAUUUGAAGAUGCUAGAGACGCAGAAGAUGCAAUAAGAGGACUUGAUGGGAGAACUAUAUGUGGAAGACGAGCUCGUGUGGAAGCAUCUAAUGGGAGAAGAUUAAGAGAUAGAAGUUAUUUCAGAAGAGGUGUAGGCAAACUAUUUCAUCCUGAAGAUAGGUGUUACGAAUGUGGUGAAAGAGGUCACUAUGCUAGAAAUUGUCAACGACAUAGAAAUACUCGUAAGAAAAGAUCCCACUCCAGGUCUUAUUCACGGUCAAAAUCGCAAUCAAGGUCACGGUCUCGCUCACGUUCGAGGUCAAGAUCAAGAAGCAAGCAUUCACGAUCAUCAUCUCGUAGCCGUUCUCAUAGUAGAAGCGAUUAUACUAAAGAGAAACUUUGUAAUAAACGGCGAUCUGAUUCUAAAGAUCAUAGUCCGCCAAAUCCAAAUCUGUUUCUAGAUAUCACAGCAAAUAAAACGAUGUAUAUUCUUUAUUUGAUACGUGUAUGACCAUCAUUUUUUAUGUUAUUUUAUCAAUUAAGCUCUUUUGUGGCAAACCUUUUCUAGCCUUUCGAAAUAUGUACAUAUUUGAAGAUACCUGUGAUACUUCUUGGCACAAAAGUGCUACUUUAAAUAAUUAAGAUAUUGUGAUUGACUAGAGAUGGAGAAAACAUUAUUAUUAAUAUUACUAUACAUUUAUAGUUUCUAUAUUUUUUAAAUGUUCAAGGUGUGUAUAUAUAUAUACAUAUAUACAUAUAUAUAUAUUUAUGGUCCUAAGUGCAUCUGGAUCAGUCUGUAUAUCACUAUUUAAGAUUUUAGUUUAUGGCCACACUAUAUCCCUUUCAUGAACAAUACAUUUGUUGUAAUUUAAAUCAUAUAUUGCUUUCUAAAAUCUCCUUCACAUUAUAAUAACAAAAAUAGAAUCAUCACAAUAAGUUGAUUACAUACUCUUAAAUGUAAGAUGUUGCACACAGGGCUAGUAGAAUUUUUAUACAAUUUAUGUAUACAAGAAAAUGUUGGGCAUACUAAGAAACAUUUGCAGUCUUAAGAAGUCUAGACACAUAGAUAUAUAUACUUACAAUAUUUGACAAAGAGUGAGAAAUGGUUUUAGGAAGUAAAGCAAAAUUAUAGUUAGGAGAUUAGUAACAAAAAAAAAGAAUAUAUAUACAUUCCUAUAUGCAAAUCCUAUUUGCACAAUUUUAAACAAGAACCUAAAAAUGAGGUUUUUGCAUGAAAUUAAAAUAAAUGUGACUCUCAUGGACUUUUUAUAUAAUAUAUAAUAACACACGUACAUAUAUCACGUGAAUAUAUUUACAGAUAACGAGCAGAUCAUUUCAAAAAAUGUUUUGUACGCAUUUUCGCGAAGUAACCUUUUUAUUUUCUAAGCAAAAAAUAUUCUAAAUGCGCUCUUUGCAAAAUCUGUUUUUUGAUCAAAGUAAAUUAACUGUAAGUAAUUAAUUUGCAUAAUUUCGAAAUAUUGAAUAAUAGAAAAAAAAACAAAUUGUUGGUAUAUAAGUAAUAUUUAAUAUAUUAUUGAUAUAUUUUAAUGCUUUUUAAUAUAACAUUUGAAGUUUAAAAAAAAAUAAUUAUCUUUCUGGAAAUGUGAAUGAAAAGUAAAAUUAUGUUCCGCGAUGUAUAUAUGAAAUCAUAAAAAAUGAGUUAACGAUGAUAUGACAUAUUCUAAUUAGUUUACGCCAUUAAAGCUAAAAUUAUAUAUUGUUGUAGUUUCUCCUUGUAUUCGAUUUUUGCAUAAUUAAAUCAAAAUUAUUUAUUUUCAUAUAACAGCAUAAAUAAAAAUAAAAUUUUCUGCAUAUUAACGUAAUGUAAGGAAAGUGAUGAAUGGUAAAAUGUUACUUUGAAAACUAAAAAUGUUAAUUAUUUUGAUAAGUAAAAGUCCUUGCACUAUUAACGCUUUAUUAAUGAGAAGGAGAAGCAGAUAGAUAAAACAAUAUUCGUGAAUGUCUAAAACGCAUAAAGCUGUAGAAAUAAAAAGGAUUAUAUAUCAUGA